UUGUAGGAGCUGCACAAGGAACCUAUGACUAAUGGGCUUGGUCAAUGAGGGCCUGAACCUCAUUGUGUCCCUUUGUGCAAAAGUCCACAGGCUAAAGCCCUGAACAGGUGCAGUUCAGUCCAGCGGAUCGCCUCCCUGCAGGACUGUUAAGAUCAGGGAAUGUCUUUCAUCCUGUCUUCUUUCUGUUAAUGAUUACUGAUCAUCACUUGUAUUAAUGCUGAACAAUGCUAAUAUUAGACAAGAGAACAGUUUGAAAAGCACCAAACCAAAAAUGUUCAUUUAUGCACAAUUCUUCUUUUACACAUAAAAGUAAAAAAAAAAAAAAAAAAAAAAAAACAUUUUCCAAAUUGUAAUAUGGUUUAAUACAAUACAUGAUGUGAAUGUACGUGAUUACAUUUCCUUUCUUCUUUGAAAAGGCUUGUCUGUUAACUUGAUUGAACCUAAAGCAAGUGUCUGACACUCUUCCCUCUUAGUAUGAGUGUGCUGUAUCCUUUUCCCCGCGUUAAUUCCAAUUUAAUUGCCAGUUGCCUCAAGGCACUUCAAUAACAGUAACAAAUGAUUUGAUUUAGUGGACCUCAUCAGACUGCAUUUUAAAUGCGACACAGCAACCCCACUUGAAUUCCAAUGAAGUGCUGGCACAGUCUUCUGUUUACUAAUGAUCCUCCGCUGGAGAUGUCUGAUUGAAUCUGAGUCAGGACCAAUGGGAGCUGCUAGCAUUGUAAAUGAUCUGCAACCUGAGCAGACAGAGAAAUAAGCAGCCCAUAAUCUCACAUUAGAGCUUUAGUCUCACUCCCAUGAACACGACUAGUUAACCACUUGUUAAGUUUGACUCCUAUGAUGUGCAUUUAUGUGUAUGACAGUGUGAAUGUGGCUGCUGUCAUACACAGCUUGUAUUUCAAGCACUGAGAGCAUGACAGCCAAUGGAUCUUCACAUAGCCAUUCUGACUUGAAGUAGUGUGCCAGCGUCUGCCUAUCUGUAUUCCUCUCCACACUCGGUGCAACAGGAAAGCAGCCCCAAAGAGAUGCCAGGUCACACACAGGAUUAAACUGGAUUGUGUUUUUUCCUGCAGUCCUGCCUUUAAUGGCUUGAUAUCACUGCUUAACAUUCAGCACAGAGCACAUGGUGUAGGCAUCAUUUAGGGUGGAGUCACUAUCUGCCGCUCUUUGAGCGCACAGACAGAGGACUUCAUAGGCUGAGGCCGACUCCUGAUGGGGAGUGAAGAGAAUAAUUACACAUCUAACACACCAGGAAGGAGCCAUUGAUUCUGUGAUUGGCAUGCUGUGCAUUGUGUGGGAAAUUCUUAAAGAAAACAAUGUCUUUGAUGGUUUAAAAUAGAACAUGUAAAGAGUUGAAAGUGCCUGUGGGCUUUCAGGAGAGUUAGUUUAGGUGCAGGCACUUGCUCUUUGAAAGAAGCUUUUCCCUCAGAGGACUCACACAAAGUUGAAGUGACCCAGUUUCCCCACUUAAGGCCCUGUACUGAAAUAACUGUGUCUUGUGCGUUCUCCAGGGACUGACAUGGCGGUGUUCUGUCUGCUGUGUGCAAAGCGCUUCCAGACUCAGAAGGCCCUGCAGCAGCACAUGGAGGUCCACACAGGCAUGCACAGCUACAUCUGCAGCCACUGUGAGCGGCCCUUCCCCAGCCACACCACGCUCAAAAGACAUUUGCGCUCACACACAGGAGACCACCCCUUUGAGUGUGAGUUCUGUGGGAGCUGCUUCAGAGAUGACGGCACACUGAGGGGCCACAAGCGCAUCCACACUGGAGAGAAGCCUUAUGAGUGCAAUGGCUGUGGCAAGAGGUUCAGCCUCAAACACCAGCUAGAGACGCACUACCGCGUGCACACAGGGGAGAAGCCAUUUGAGUGUAAGUUAUGUCAUCAACGCUCAAGAGACUAUUCAGCGAUGAUCAAGCACCUGCGCACUCACAAUGGAGCGUCUCCAUACCAGUGCACCAUCUGCCAGGACUUCUGCCCGAGCCUGGCCGCCAUGCAGAAGCACAUGAAGGGUCACAACCCUGAGGAGGUACCCCCCGACUGGAGGAUAGAGAAGACUUACCUGUACGUCUGUUAUGUCUAAGCAGGACUUGGACUGAUCACACUGACACAAUCACACUCCCUGUUCAAUGAUUUUUAAGGAAGUUUUUAGAACUGAAAAACAGGGAAUUAUAGUUUACAAGAGAAUAACAUUGUUCUGAAUGACAAUGUUUAUUGUGGUAACCUGUAUAUGUAGGUGGAUUUUUUUUUUAAUCUGACUGGGUCAGGUAUAAAGAACUUGGGCUAAACAAACCAUGACAGUAGAUGACAACUGAAACAGCUGAAGCUGAAGUUUUGUCUGUUUAAAGCCUAAAGGAAAUUACAUGUUAAAUUUAAGACAUUUCUUCAAAGUAAGCAAAAACUCUGUGAUAAUCAUGUGAUAGAUAUUGCUGUUUGUUGUUGUGUUACUAUAGGCCUGGUUCACACAGGACUGAACCUACAAUCCAUCCGUACUAUUAGAAAAUAACCAUGGCUGCCACUGCCGGUGUGUAGCAGGAGCUCUUGUCACUUUCAGGAUUGUGCAUCAUCCACAGAUCACAUUUAUUCCAUGAAAGCGUCUUUGAGUUAACAUUUUCUCCAGUUAGUUUUUCUGCUUUUGGUUUUAUUUUUGGAGUUGUUGGUUUUGUGCAUGUUUUACUUGAAUGGCUGCCAUGUUUUGACCUCAUAAGCUUGAAAUAUUUAACUGCCUUGUCUAUCUUGCAGUGAGUGUUCGUUCAAGCUCACACUUUUAAGUUUCUUGCAAUGUAGUUGGUUUGCUAUAUGUUUCUUACCAAAUAUGUGCUGGUGUGUAUCACAGGCAGCAUCUCAAGAUGAUUUAUAGUAGAGCAAGCUCUACCUCUGAUUUUAUUUUAAACCUACUGAAAUUAGUUUUUUGUCAAAACAUUAAUUUUCUUACUACCACCAUUCAAACUUUGAUGGUCAACAAUGUGUAAAAAUGCCGAAUGGCUUUUAUGUGUAGUUUUUUAAUUGUUACCUAUAUAGUACAUAUAGAUGUCUUACAAAAUCAAGAAUCAGAAUUUUCUAUGAAAAGUUAAGAAAAUGUGAAAAUGAUUUUUUUCAAUAUGAAAAAAUCUGACAUUGUGUCAUGAGCAGGUAAUUGUUAAUUGUAGUGUAGCUGUACUGUACAACUGUCACGUUAUUCCCUUAUGUGAGCCUUACCGGCCUUAUAGAGUUGAACUUGUUGUAUUUUUGUAUCACAGUAAUUUGCUAUUUGUUUACAUUUGGUAUGAUUUGAGAGACAUCUUACUGUGUGUUUUGUAAGUGUUGAUACGACCCCUCCCUUGUGCCUCUUUUAUAAGUAGAGCCUUGAUGUGCUGAGUACAUGGGUCUGUGCUAUUGGUAGAUGUUUCUGAGUGUUUGUUUAUUGUUACUUAAUUCAAAUAGACUGCCAUGUAGAUCCACUCGUCUGAACAUUGCAACUGGAAGCAACAAACUGUGAUAGUGGCUGAUACUCUGAUGCAAGUUACAAGCAAUUUCAAUGUAAAAAAAAGUCCACACUCGUUUCAAAUAUGUAGUUAUUUUAAAGUGACAAUAGACUGAGAUCUUAAAAUGAAACCAGUGAGUAAAACAAACCUUGGCGUCUGUGGGCAUCCUCAUGCCUUUUAAGUAGCCAACAACACUCAGUGCCAUGAAAAUACACAUUCACUGUAUCCACAUGAACAUGCACUAAUGGAAAUCCAAUGGACCAAAAGAAACAGAGCACUUUGUGUGAAAAGGGGUUUUCUUUGAUCUCUCUAUGUUGUGAUAAUGCAGAUGUCCUUUUAUUUGAUGUGUUCUACAAGGAUGUGACUAGCAUUGUUUAGAUUUUGUCAAUGUCUGUCUACCUCAGGGCCAGAUCAAAGCUCGACCUGGUGUCCAAUCAGGGUUGUUCUUCUUGCCAUGUGUGCAGUAAACUCUCUCUUCAUUACAGCUUUGUAACACAGUGUGUGAAAGUGUUAUCCUCUGUGUGGAUUCAGGCACAACUCUGUAUGCAUCAGUGUUCAGUGGCAUGGUUCAAAAAAGAA